AUGCUGGGCUCCGUGCUGUCAGUAGUAGCUACGGCGCUGCUGGCUGCUCGUCCCGGUGCAGCCGCGACGCAAAAUCCAAAGCGUGGGCUCGUCUACGUUCCCAGUCCGGACGCGUCCGUCAACGAGAUCUGGGUGGAGGAUGGAUCGCCACUGAGCUGGUAUUACAACUAUGCGACGAACAUCACUGACGUCUAUGCCUCGAUCCCGCAAUCCACCUUCGAGUUCGUGCCGAUGCUAUGGGGCGCCGUAAACGACACGUCCUUCCUCUCCAACGUUACCGAUUUAAUCAAACAAGGCCACAAUAUCACACAUGUGCUGGGGUUCAAUCAGCCAGAGUUGUCAUGGAACGAGAGCGGCUCUAACAUUGAGCCUGCGGAUGCGGCGCGCAUCUGGAUCAAGAACUUUCUGCCGCUGCAGGAGAUGGGUGUGAAGAUCGGCCUGCCGGUCAUCAAAGCUCAGACGGACCCAAUGCCAUGGAUGACACCGUUUCUUGCAAACUGUACCACUAUGCUCAGGAAAGCAUCUGCGAGUUCCGAAGCGAACUGCUCGUGGGACUUUCUGACCAUGCAUGUCUUCGGAAACAUGUCGGUGCUGACCGGCGAGGUCGACAAAUAUGCCAAACUCUUCCCUGAUACGCCUAUUUGGAUCACCGAAUACGCGCUGGACAACGCCGAUCUCCCGACGACACAAGCCUUCUUCAACGAAUCAUUGAAAUACUUGGAUGAGUCCGAUAUUGUUGAGCGAUACUCCUACUUUGGCUCUUUCCGGGCUGAUGUAUCCAACGUGGGACCCAAUGUCACUAUGAUCGACGACUAUGGCAGGUUGACGGAUAUUGGAAGCUGGUAUCUAGGCGGCAACGCGACUGGCAACACGCCGACCUACUCUGGCAACUCCGGCUCGACGGGCUCGGGGAGCUCUGGCAGCACAUGCAACGCCACUAACCCGUGCGGAAACGACAAUGGCGCGGGCAUUCUUGCGUCGGGUUUACAGUGGCAAGGACUGACAGCUUUGGCGCUGAUAUCUUAUGUACUGUCUUGA